GUGAAGCUUCUACCUAUCGCAUCUCUCGCCUCUCGACUCUCACUCUGUCUCUCUCGACUCACACCCAGCACCCUCUUCGGCUCCCCUCUCUUCUUCGGCUCCCCUCUCUUCUUCGGCUAGACACUCUCUCAAUAUCUCAGGCUCUCAAUCUCUCAUUCAGGGAAUUGUUUCUCUUGUCGGUGGAGACAAUGAGUUCUCCGGUAUACAGUGGCAAAGGAGAAGAAGUUGGCACCAACAACGAUCCAAACAGUGCAUUUUUUGAUGUCUAUGGCCCACAGGCGAAAGCAGGUGUGGAGUUUAAGACCCCAGAAGCGAAUUCAACUCUGAACUUGGAAGAUAUUCAGGGGCUUGUCACUUGGGUGCUUGCUGAGGGAUUCAUGCCAUCAUGGGUUUUCAUUAAGAACAAGCCCCUGAUUCCAAAAGUGGCCAUGCUUUAUGUUCCAGGCCUUGAUGCAGCAAUCUAUCUGUCUCAAUCUAAAGUACUACACAGUUUAAAAGAAUGUUGUGGGAUCCCAAGGGCAGUUCUAGCACCUAGCUGUGUAUCAGAUGGAAUGCAGAUAAUAGAUGCACUUCUUACAUGCAAACUUAAAAGGAAAAGGGAAGCUGGUACAGUUACUAAUAAAUGUGGACCUUGGUCUCAACCAGGUAUAUGUUCUAUUCGCGAAGAUUUGUCCUUAGCUGAGCUCAUGAAAGACAUUCCAUUUCCCGUAUCGUACUAUACACUUACAACAAAGGAAUUAGAAGAUAAUGGAUACCACCAUGAUCAACCAGGUUUCUUUUCAACUCUUCCUGCUCCAUCAGGAAAGCCUGUGCAUGAAAUGGUGGCCGUUGAUUGUGAAAUGUGUAUCACCAAUGAGGGGUUCGAGCUCACAAGAGUAACACUAGUAAAUUUUAGAGGACAGGUUCUAUUUGAUAAAUUGGUGAAACCAUCAAAUGCGAUAACUGAUUACAACACUAGGUAUAGUGGAAUAACAAGUGAGAUGUUGGAUGGAGUCACCACAACUCUAAGAGACGUUCAGGAAGAUUUUUUACAAGUGGUCAAUAGAGAAACAAUUUUGGUUGGACAUUCAUUGGAGAACGAUUUAUCAGCUUUGAAGAUCUCCCAUAGUUUGGUGAUCGACACUGCCAUUUUAUAUAAGCAUUCACGUGGCGGAACAUACAAAAUUGCUCUUCGUGUGCUCACUAGGAAAUUCCUCUCCAGGGAGAUACAAUAUUCCGGGAACGGCCAUGAUAGUAUCGAGGAUGCAAAAGCUGCAAUGGAUUUAGCGUUGUUAAAGAUCAAACAUGGACCUGAUUUUGGCCGACCUCCAUCAUUUAUGCGGAAAAAAUUCCUUACAGUUUUAAGCGACUGUGGCAAGGCCACAUCUUUUAUUGAUAAUAUAUCGAUAGUGAAGAGAUAUGCUUCGGAAUCAUCACAUUCCAUUCCAGUGACUUCUGAUGAUGAAGCUCUAUCAAAAGCCAUCAAAGAGGUUAAAAACGACAAAGUACACUUUGUCUGGGCACAUUUUACGGAACUGAGUUCUUAUUACAAGAAGCAAGCAGAGGAUGCUGAAGCAUUGAAUAGAAAACUUGCUGAGAUGAUGGCGUUGCUUACUUGCAAUAAGAAGUUCAAGGGUAGAAAAAGCAUCAAGUACACCGUCACUCCUGAUUUGAAGGACGUUCUUAAUCGCUUAAAUAUCAGAAUAAAAAAUAUUUACUCCAAUUUACCUACCAAUGCCAUGCUAAUAGUUUGCUCUGGUCAUGGAGACACUGCAAUCGUUCAAAGAUUGAGGAAAAUGCUUGCAGAAAAGGUCGACACAAACAUACCUCGGGAUCAUCUUGUAAAGGUCCUGGAAGAGCUGCAGGCACAAGCCGAAGUAGGUUUGUGUUUUGUUGGUGUCAAACAUUGAGUUGGCUUCACAAGCCAUGUAUUCUAAUAUUCUUGCUUUCAAUGAAAUUCGGCCACUGUGUUUGUUUGGAUCAUAGAUAUCACAAAAAAGGCUUUUUUUGGGGAGUACGUGAAUAUUUGCAGAUCGUGGAACAAAGAGAAAUAUGAUGACUUUAUCUAUUUGAGUGU